AUGUCCAGCGCAUUAUUUCCAGCGCAAUAUUUCCAGCGCAUUAUUUCCAGCGUAAUAUUUCCAGCACAUCAUUUCCAGCGUAUUAUUUCCAGUGCAACAUUUCCAGCGCACCAUUUCCAGCGCACCAUUCCAUUCACAGUGCGUUAUUUACAGCGUCUUUUCCAUCUCGACGCUCGCAGCGUAACCUUCGCCACGCAUCAUUUGCAGCCCGUCCUUCAACCUCCAACCCCCCCCUCCUCCGCGUGCUCUGCCAUCGUCAUCUCGUCAAAGACGCGUCACGGCGAGUUCCAGGGGGACACUACUGUCUCGGCUUGCUUGUUCGUGUGCCCAGGUGCCGCCGUUCCUGGUGACGUGGUCUCUCGAGGCCGCCGCCACCAUGACGGAGAGAGCAGUGCCAAGGAACGGCCCAACUUCGAUCUGCAAAGCAUGGAUACCGUGGACGAGGUCGAAGACGAGGUCAAAGACGAGAGAGGGCUGGCUUUCACGGCCAGGUGA